GUUGCAGCAAUGGAAAAUCCUGACGUUACUGUAAGCGGUUGCAAUUCUCAUGAAGAUGAAAACCUCUACAGCUACAAGCAACGUCCUUCAAUGUGUCAGGAAUUGCUUCAAGAAGAUCAGCUGAGAAGAAGGCUUAAAUUCUUCUUCAUGAACCCCUGUGAAAAAUUCUGGGCCCGGGGAAGGAAGCCUUGGAAGCUGGCAAUACAACUUCUGAAAAUAGCCAUGGUUACUAUCCAGCUUGUUGUGUUUGGGUUAAGCAACCAAAUGGUGGUUGAAUUUAAGGAAGAAAACACAGUGGCUUUUAAACAUCUCUUCCUGAAAGGCUAUACAGACAGAAUGGAUGACACCUAUGCAGUUUAUACACAAAUGGAUGUCUACGACCAGAUCUCCUUUGCAAUAAACCAGUAUUUACAGCUGCACACUGUAUCUAUUGGAAAUCAUGCCUAUGAAAAGAGAGGAGCUGAAGAGACACCUAUGGCAAUAUGCCAGUACUUCUACAAGCGAGGAAACAUCUGCCCUGGAAACGACACUUUUGAUAUUGACCCAGAAAUUGAAAAGGAAUGUUUUUAUGUGGAACCAAUGUUGCAUUUGGAAAACAAGACACUGGGGAGGGGCGCUUUCAAUUUCACCUUGGAUUUCCAUAGACUUGUGACUGUGCAGCUCACAUUCAAACUGAAGGCCAUCAAUCUUCAGACUGUCCGUCAUCAUGAACUCCCAGAUUGCUAUGAUUUCACUCUGACAAUAGUGUUUGAUAACAAAGCACAUAGUGGAAGAAUUAAAAUAAGCUUAGAUAAUGAUAUUGCCAUCAAGGAAUGCAAAGACUGGCAUGUUUCUGGAUCAAUUCAAAAGAAUACCCACUACAUGAUGAUCUUUGAUGCCUUUGUCAUAUUGACUUGUUUAGCAUCACUGAUUCUCUGCACAAGAUCUGUAAUUAAAGGAAUUCGUCUACAGAGGGAAUUUGUGUCCUUUUUCCAGAAUCAUUAUAAGAAAGAGGUAUCUUUCACUGAUCUGAUGGAAUUUGUCAAUGGAUGGUAUAUUAUGAUCAUAAUUAGUGAUGUGUUAACCAUAAUUGGUUCUACACUAAAAAUGGAAAUACAGGCCAAGAGUUUAACGAGCUAUGAUGUCUGCAGUAUCCUCUUAGGAACAUCUACCAUGCUCGUCUGGCUUGGAGUCAUUCGCUACUUGGGCUUCUUUCAAAAGUACAAUCUGCUUAUUUUGACACUACGUGCAGCAUUGCCCAAUGUCAUUCGGUUUUGCUGUUGUGCUGCUAUGAUUUAUCUGGGUUAUUGUUUCUGUGGCUGGAUUGUGCUGGGCCCUUAUCAUGUCAAGUUCCGCUCCUUGAACAUGGUUUCUGAGUGUCUCUUCUCUUUGAUCAAUGGAGAUGACAUGUUCGCCACGUUUGCUAAAAUGCAGCAGAAAAGCUAUUUGGUUUGGCUAUUCAGUCGGAUCUACCUCUACUCUUUCAUUAGCCUGUUUAUUUACAUGGUUCUGAGUCUCUUCAUUGCCCUUAUUACAGAUACAUAUGAAACAGUUAAGCAUUACCAGCAAGAAGGUUUUCCAGAAACUGAACUUCACGCAUUCAUAGCACAAUGCAAAGAUCUACCAAACUCUGGAAGGUACAGAUUAGAAGAUGAGGGACCAAUAUCACUCUUCUGCUGCUGCAAAAGGUCUGAAUGAAAAUAUUGGCAUGAAUUCUUGAAUUUAGCUGGAGAUUCUUGAACUACACACUCAGCACAGAUCCCUAACUACAUAGUGAUACAGAAAACGCCCUCACUACAUGAAGCACAAUGCUCUGAGUAAAGCUCUUGCAGCAUCCAUCAACUUUAACCCUGGUUUAUAAGCAGAGUUCUGGUGAUCUUACAAGACAUAC